AUGUGGCAGGGGUCACGUGUCCAUAUCAGAAACAGUUCGGCUAUCCAUCACUUUGGACAGAAGCGUUUACUAAGGCACGCAGAGAAAGGGGGCAAUCGCUUUUGUGGUUCGCGGCGAAUCGGGGCACGCCUGUCUUGGUCUGUCUACACACAUUUCCGAACUCUGGGCUAUGCCUUUAUGGUGCUCGCAAAGAGAAAUGAAAUUCAACAAUCAAAUCGCAACUCCAUCACUAACGUUCGUGCCGACCGUGCCUGCCUGCAGUUCUGGUCUUCAUCCUAA